CCCCAUCGGCCCUUGCUUUCACUGCUGCAGCUGCUCCUCAGUCUCGCUGCCUGCAAUCUGUGCUGGAGAGGCCGACCGAGCAGCAGCUUCACCGCUAAACCCGGCCCACAAAACGCUUAUGACGCUCGCCACCAAAGAUCACAAAUAACACGAGGUAAGUCUAAACGCACUGGGAUGUGGGAUUUGAGUACAAUUUUUACAAUACAGUCGCACCGCUUCCGAAGAUGUCGAUCCGCGAUGGUUAAAUGCGCGGUCGAUUUCGAAAAGCGGCAUGUUUGCGGAAGUGGACGUGCGGUCCAUGUUUAGCCGCCCCUGUUAUUUGCCUUACAUAUCAUGUGUGUGUGUUUCCAAAUCUAUAUUUCACUCUGACGUGCAUUUUGCCGACACUGUAAGCGUUUGGAAGGGUGGAAGAUGCUGUUUAGGUUGGCCGUAAACGAAGCGAACUAGCCAUUGGACCCGUUUGAAAAAUCAAAAUGGCUUCCAUCUUUGUCGUCUCAGCAGAGAGGUUUAUACCUUUGUUUCCCCGUCUCGCAUGUCAGGGAGUCUGUGAGUAACCUCCUUUUUAUAUUUAUCCAGUGGAUUAUUCUCCAUCGAUCUUUCGUGUUAAGAGUCUGGUGUUUGUUUCACUGGUCUUUUAUUUAUUUUGUUACUUACCCAGUAGCGCACUUUUUGACCACGUCAGUGCGGUGGGGGAGGGGAAGUGAGUCUGUCUGGGUGGAGCCUGUAUGAUUCGUUCACUGUGGAUGAAUUUUAUCCAUUUCCCCCUUCGCUUGCUGGGAUGUCACCCAUGCUUCAGGUAGGCAAACCCCCAUGCCCUUAAUAUAUCUGGUUAACAAUGUGGUUAUGGGUUUAAAGUUCUUGUGUGUGAUCUUGGUAACUGUCAAGCAAAUCAUCUCCAUUAUGUUAAGUCAUCCCUCUUAACAUGAAAUGACUUUGCAAUAUAUGUGGUGGUUUCUUUUUUUGUGUGCUUGCACUCAAUGGAUUUGUUGGUUUGCUUGUUUUGCAUAGAGUUUGAUGUGUAAAAUGUAACUCAUUACCAUUGUUUAGCUAUCGUCUUAUGUCUUCCCCACCUCUCACCUCCCCACCAGUAUUUGACAAAUGUAGCUGAUCCGAGGUCCCUGUGCUACUCCCCUCCUUGCACCUACCAACACACAUGCAUACACGCACUUAAUCACAUACACACUCACAAACACUCAGUCGGUUAAGAGUUGGUGUGAUGACAGAUAAUGUGCUUUGUCAUGCUGGUUGGUGUCAUGUGUUUUUCCUAUACUGGAUGCAUGUUUGUUACUUUUAGGCUCCUGUAACCCUGGUUGGCUGGCCACGGAGACAGGGAGCCCUCGUCUCAGUACUGUGGCUCUCCACAUUAGACUUUCUGUUUGGGGCUAACCAUGUUCUCCAAGGGCACCAAGCGCAAAUUUGCAGAUGGUGGUGAAGAGAUAUCUGACGAUGGCUUGGUAGCUGCCAGGGUGGCAUCCUCGUACAGCUUGCAGCGGCAAUCUCUGCUGGACAUGUCCCUCAUUAAACUUCAGUUAUGCCACAUGCUGGUGGAGCCAAACCUCUGCCGCUCGGUUCUCAUUGCCAACACAGUCAGACAGAUUCAGGAGGAGAUGACCCAUGAUGGCAGCUGGCAUAUGGUCACCGAAGCGUUCUGCGGUGCAAGCCAGAGCCCAUCUGAGCGCUUGGUGGCCACUGAAGUUCUCUGCAGGUCAAGGGAGCCGGAUGCAGAACCGAAGCUCUUUUCCGUCAUCAGCUAUGAGGGUUGCCGUGAAGAGGAGGUGGUAGCUGAUGAGACCCUGUGCUCUGUUUCUGUUAGUGAUACAGUCUCCAACGUGUGCCUGUCAGGGCGCAUGGGUCAGCGGUGGGAGAAGAGUGAUGUAGAGAGGGAGGAAGAGGCACUUGAAGACUCUAGACUUGGUUCAGGAGAUGACGACGAGGAGAUUGACACAGAGGAUGAGUCUACACCGGAGGGUCCGAAGACCAUUGGACAGGUUUUUGGGACAUUUGAAAUAAAAAACGGUUCCCCAGGUCCAGACUCUGCUCUCGAAGAGCUAUUCUCAGAUGUCGACACAUCCUACUAUGAUCUGGACACCAUGUUGACCGGCAUGCAGAGCGCACCCAAAAUGGGCCCUUAUGACCUCCUUGACAGUUUGGCACCUUCACAUAGUUCCCCUUCCAUUGUUUCAACGCCGAACUGUCGUUCGGAUCUCAAUGAACUGGAUCACAUAAUGGAAAUCAUUGUGGGUUCUUAGGUUCGACCUUUUUCAGAAACUUACACGCUUGUCUUAAUGUUACUGCCUUUUCUGUUCCUUAUGGAAAGCAAGUAAAGUCUGGAGUCCUUUCAGGGAAAAGAGUUGUCUUGUGAAGGAUGGCCUUGAUUUUUAUGAGCUGACCAUAGUCAUCUUAUUUGCAUACCCUUUGUAUGUUUUAAUGAUUUUUUCUGUAUUUGUCUGUCCAGACAAUUUUUUUUUAAAUUUAAUUUAUUUGUUAUACUCGUAACACUACAGAGAGCAGAACAAGAUGUAUACAAAUGUUGUUAAGCUUGGGAUAUUUUCAUAAGGAGACAAAAGAUUGUCUAAAUUGUGUAUAUAAAUAUAUUUUUACAAUAGAUUUUUCUUGUAAUAUGUUCCUGUACAUUAUGUACAUGUCCUACAAAUUGAUUUUAAAUGAAGAGAUUAGAUUCUUACGUGCAACAACGUUUCUGUUUAUAAAAAUCCAUAAACCGAAGGAACUUAAUUCAAUACUACAAUACACACAAGGCACCAAGUAUACAUACAGUGAUGCAUGUUUUACGUUCAUGUGCUCAUUUGCACAAAGUAUUUUUGUUUUCCUUUCAAGGUUUGAUUGCAGUUGGCUGUCAAUCAGCUCAGCCGUAGGUUUUGUUUGUUGUUAGGCGUCAAAGUUCUUCUAUUUUGUCUUAUCAACAAAUGAAGUAUAAUGGGGCCAACCCAUUCUAUAUUGUGACUUAAUUUAUUUAAUUUAUUUACUUCAAAUGGUGAGUGUUGGCUGUGGUCAAACUCAGGGUGGCUUUUUAAUUCUAGAGGAUUUAAUAGGUCCGAUUCACCAAAGCCUUUUGCUCAUAGCAAAUCGAUCACAGAAUUAAUCCUUCUGGUGAUUUGCACCAAUUAUUGCUAUAAGUAUUGAUUUUUUUUUUUUUUUUUUAAAUAAGUUAACUGUUUAAAUAUGGGUGAAUGGCUCAUGGAUUUCUAUUAGUCCUCUAGACCCCUCAUAAUGAGAAGGCAUUUGUCUAGUUCUAUGCAUUGCGUGUUGUUACACACUAUGUAUGAAGUGUUUAAAAUGCAUUUAGUACAGUAUUCUUUUUUUAUACUUCAGAAUCAGUCAAGAGAUGGUUUUAUUUUACUUAACAUUUCCCCCAGUUGUUACAUAUAUAUUUGGUUGUUUAAAGUCAAUUUUUGCAUAAACUAUGUUUGUGCAAGUUAUAGGUUAUUACACUUUGAUAAUUGUUUUCUUCUUUGUCUCACACUUAAAUUUUAAGAGGAUGUUUUCUAUUGUAUGAUCUUAAACUAGUAUAGAGUAUAAACAUUUUAUAUGAGCAUUGUAGCUUUUUUAACAUUUUUUAAUAAAAGGUACAACUUAUGACAUUUA